GGCGCGGCGGGUGGCGGCGGCGCGUGGGGCGGCGCGUGUUGACAGCGGCGGCGGCGGCGGAGCCGGGCGGGCGGCGGGAGUCGGCGCCUCUGGUUCCUGCCCCUGGUGUCGAGGUGGUGGCGGACGAGCGUCCCGGGAUGGCCUUCAUGGAGAAGCCGCCGGCCGGCAAGGUGCUGCUGGACGACACGGUGCCGCUGACAGCAGCCAUCGAGGCGAGCCAGAGCCUGCAGUCCCACACGGAAUAUAUCAUUCGGGUGCAAAGAGGAAUUUCUGUAGAAAACAGCUGGCAGAUUGUGAGGAGAUACAGUGACUUUGAUUUGCUGAACAACAGCUUGCAGAUUGCAGGCCUAAGUCUACCUCUUCCUCCCAAAAAAUUGAUUGGUAACAUGGAUCGUGAAUUCAUAGCUGAGAGGCAGAAAGGUCUUCAGAACUAUCUCAACGUUAUCACCACAAAUCAUGUCUUGUCUAAUUGUGAGCUGGUUAAGAAGUUUUUAGAUCCAAACAACUAUUCUGCAAACUACACUGAGAUUGCCUUACAGCAAGUUUCCAUGUUCUUCCGAUCAGAACCAAAGUGGGAGGUGGUAGAGCCAUUGAAAGACAUAGGUUGGAGAAUAAGGAAGAAAUAUUUCUUGAUGAAGAUUAAAAAUCAGCCAAAGGAACGGCUAGUGUUAAGCUGGGCUGACCUUGGUCCCGACAAGUAUCUGUCAGAUAAAGAUUUUCAGUGUCUAAUCAAACUUCUACCUUCCUGUUUGCACCCUUACAUCUAUCGGGUCACCUUUGCCACAGCUAAUGAAUCCUCAGCAUUGCUUAUUAGGAUGUUUAAUGAAAAAGGAACUUUGAAGGACCUGAUCUACAAGGCAAAACCAAAAGACCCAUUCCUAAAGAAGUACUGCAACCCUAAGAAGAUCCAGGGCCUUGAACUCCAGCAAAUAAAAACAUAUGGGCGGCAAAUAUUAGAGGUACUGAAGUUUCUACAUGACAAGGGAUUCCCUUAUGGGCAUCUGCAUGCCUCCAAUGUGAUGCUAGAUGGUGACACUUGUCGGCUGCUAGACCUUGAGAAUUCUUUAUUGGGCCUUCCUUCCUUCUACCGAUCCUAUUUCUCACAGUUCAGGAAAAUCAAUACAUUGGAAAGUGUGGACGUCCACUGCUUUGGCCACUUACUGUAUGAAAUGACUUAUGGACGACCGCCAGACUCAGUGCCUGUAGACUCCUUCCCUCCUGCACCGUCUAUGGCUGUGGUGGCCGUGUUGGAGUCUACGCUGUCUUGUGAAGCCUGUAAAAAUGGCAUGCCUACCGUCUCCCGGCUCUUACAGAUGCCGUUAUUCAGUGAUGUUUUACUAACCACUUCUGAAAAGCCACAGUUUAAGAUUCCCACAAAGUUAAAAGAGGCAUUGAGAAUUGCCAAAGAAUGUAUAGAAAAAAGACUAAUUGAAGAACAGAAGCAGAUUCACCAGCAUCGAAGACUGACAAGAGCUCAGUCUCACCAUGGAUCUGAAGAAGAGAGGAAAAAGAGAAAGAUUUUAGCUCGAAAGAAGUCAAAACGGUCUGCUGUUGAAAACAGUGAAGAGUAUUCAGCAAAAUAUAGCAACUCCAAUAAUUCAGCAGGAUCUGGGGCCAGCUCACCUCUCACAUCCCCGUCAUCACCGACUCCACCCUCUACAGCAGUAGAGCAUGCACCAUUUUGAACGUGAAUUUUCGGUAAAGUAAGCUAUACUGAUUUCUCUAACUUUAAAGAUGCUCUGUUUCUGGAUAUGAAAUGGGACCCAGUGCAUCUAGAUCACUGAAGUGAUGAACAAAUGGGAAAGCAGAUUUGAGAUGAUUUCCUUCUCUGAACACUUAAAUGAAAUGCAGCAUCUUUAAAAAGCACCCAAGUGACUUCAUUAUUCAUUUCAUUUUCACCCUGACCUUCAAAAUCUUCAUUUCCCCUCUGAUGGUAGUUUUAAAACACAGCCCUAAAACCUAAAAAUCAACUGCAUGGCGUUUUGGCAUAUUUUAAUUUCACAAAGCAGGGUCCCAAAGUCCUUGUGCAGCAAAAAUAUCGGUUCCUUAUCACUCUGAUGAAGGGAAGGAGUGUUAGCCGGUUGAGUUCUUGGUUACAGGAAGACAACUCACUGGCUUUUAUAACUGGCAGUAGGGAAAAGUUCUUUUUUAAGCAUCCCUAAUAAUUCUUGAGUUGAGACACGAGUACAGCCUCCUCAUCUAUCUGAGGCAGAAGACAAAGGCAGUUGCCAAGAGCUGGGGGCUGCCUGCUUCCAGGGGGUCACUGCUGUCUGUUCUCUCUCGAGGGUAGCCAGCAGCUGUGGUGUUGGUCUGGUGGCCACGUGGCCUCCCCACUUCUAUUUGUGGAUCACAAAGGACUUCAGACCUACCAAGACCUGUAGACUGCCCACUGCUAAAACUGACCCCAAAGAAAGGGGAUCCCCAGAUGUCCUUCCCAUGAGGCUGGUGAGGAUGUUUCUGGCAAGACAUUCUUCCCUGGGUCUAACAUAUGCUCUUCCUGCAACAGUCCAUGGCCUGUUCCAGGGCCUCUGCUGGAUUGCCGGGUUCCCAUUAGUUUGGUGGAUAGGAUUCUGGGGAGGAUAGAGUAGUUGAUUUUUGGUCUUUUUGCCCAAGAGUAGGUAAGGUAGGAGAGAACUGGGUAUAAUUAUAGAUCAGCUGUUUUGGAGCAUCCCUCAUUCUGGGUUUUUGCAGGCCAGUAUUUUUCAACGCUUGGUGAAUUCAGUUAGCAAGCAAUCCAACAUGGAAUCUGCCUGGUCUUGUCUAUGGCCUGGGGAUAAGGGCUAUCAGAUAACCCGUGGUGGGGUGAGCUUGUUCACAUCUGAGGAGUCAGUGGCAUUCAGGCAUUAGGCAGUUGUUCCCAGGUUUGCCACAGGCCAAAUAGCCAACUCUGAAUUUGGCCCUUAUUAAUACUGCUAAUUGUUAGAAUGUAUUAUAGCUUAAGCCUCAACAAACCUUUAAAGGAAGCUUGUGAACUAUAGAGAAGGCAAAAAGAAAAAGCCAAAAACCAUGGUAGGGCUUACAGUCAGAGACUGAGUCCCUGGUCUGUGUUCCUGCUUCCUCCAGCGUUGGCCUUCUGACUCCCAGACCUCCUCCCCACUUCCAGAGUGUUCUGAGCUGGCAAGUUGAGGUCUGGCGUUGCCCUGAUAGUACAUGUCAAGAUCUGCCCUGGUUGUUGCAGGCCCAGUGAGGAAAAGUGGGUCUCGUGGGACAUUAGGCCCUUUGGGAUUGGUCCGGCUCUCCAUGGCCCUGCUCUUUACCAUUGGAUGAGUAGGUCAUUUGCUUUACAAGCAUGGGUUACUCUGUGGCACUUGGGACUAUGUAUUUAUUUAUGCUGCCUACAUAUUCUGAGAGAUUCAUUUAAAGUCCUAACAAUGUCAGCCUUUACUUGGAAAAUGAAGAUCCAUGUACUGAACAUCACCUGCAACUCCCAAACUCUGGGAUAGUGAAUUUGCACUUUUAAUUUUGAGUGCCUGGUGAUGAAGCCAAAGUCAAGGGUUGGCUCCUUGUGAAGACCAGGCAGAUUUGUUCUGUGCCAAGAGGCAACCCAUAUCCAAGUCCAGCUGCUGAGGCCUGCCUCUAGCCUCCCAGAAUCCUGGGCUAGAGGGGUAACUGGUCUCUGGAUGGCUAGCUCUAUGCCUUUAGCGGAAAGAACUCAAGUGCUGUCGCAGCCCAGAGCCUGCCUUCUUUCUUGUAACCUGCAGUGACUCUUCUCCAGGGUUAAAGCACAAAGCUGGCAGGCGGAAACCCUGGAGCUCCUUGACAUCAGGCCCUGAAUGUCAAGUCCAGAUUCUGCCGCCCUUUGCCGGUCAUUGGGUAGUGCUGAGGGUUACUGUUGCCCGCUGACUCCUCCAGGCUCUCUCGGUGCUGCAUUUGAGUUCCAAGAGCCUUCAGAGACCAUUUCCUCUCCUCCUGGUAUUUCAUCGGCCACUAUCCAAAAACCCCCUUCAGAGGAAUGCUUCUGUCACACACCGUCGCUGCUCUUCUCACCUCAGCAAUCAUUUGUGCGUUUAAAGUCCUUUUUAUCUUUGUAGCCCGGUAACAUAGAGCUGGGAACAUUUGUCCACAAUCCACCCUGGCAGAGCACAUAAUAGAACUUCAUUCAUUAGUUGUUACUGUAUGGAACCAAGGAGAAUUACAUUUUGUUCAUUUGUCUGUAUUUAAUAUUUAUUUGUAUUGCUGUACUUUCAUUAUUUGAGAAUUCUAAGAUUGCAGAGCAUGAAUGUGUGUAUCUGUGUGAUUCUUUUAAUUUCAGCUGCCUUAGGUUUGGGUAAAAGAUGUAAGGAAGGUAAGUGGUUUUCUAUGAAAUACUUUGUUAUGUGUCACAUUUGGUAAAAAGGAUGCUCUUACCCAAGUAUUUUAUUGGUGAUCCUGAAACACUCACCCAUAUAAAUUCAAGCGGCAAUUGGUAUAUUUAUUUACCAUCACAGCUCAGUAGCAGCUUAGGGGGGAAAACUACCUACCAGAAUGUCUGGCUGGUGUAGCCCUAGGAGGGGCUGAGGGUAAGGCCAGAAAAAGAUAGUGGAGUUACCGAGAGCUGCAAGGGUCACAGGAAAUGGGCAACCAACUCUGUGGCACAAGCAAGUGCUUUAAGGAAGGUCUUUGGCUGUACUCCGUUUUUAUUUUGUCCUAGGAGAAUAAUUCAUUCAUUGAUUCAAAACUAUAAAAUUAAACUGCCAAAUGUUCACAUGCUUGGAAGCUAAGGGGAAGUUUCAGAUAUGCUUCCAGUUUCCUUCUCCUUGCCCACUAGGGUAGAGUCUUUCCUGCUGCUUCAGCAAAGAUGUAGGGUUAGUGCAGCUCCAUCCUGGCCCUGGGUUAGGCCACAGUGGAAGGAAGGGGGCUGAGGAAGAUGCCUCCCUGAGAAUACCAUUGCCAGGGAGAGAGCCCGCUGCCCCCUGCUUCACUGUUAACGGUUACUUGCAUUUUAUAUUUCUUUAAUGCAGCCUAAUAGGAAAUGACUAUUGGAGACAGAUGGCCCUGGGGAGCCCAUAACUCAGCCCCUCCUUGCCGAGAAUCCAGUUUGUCAUUUUACAUUAAAUCACAUCCUUCAAAUAUUGUGUGUGCUGGCGCAGCUAAAGAAAUGUUCAUCAUUAGUCACUGUUACUCAGGUAGCCCAACUCUGUGCAUACAAAUGUCUAUCUUUACUUGCUAGCUCAGAGGUGGUGCUGCCCAGGACCUGGCUAAAGUAACUAAAUGGAGCUUUUCUCUUGGGACCAUUGCUAGAAUUUGGAAAUGGAGUUAGGGCUCAUCUACCCAGAGAAAAUGUCACUCUGCAGAGUUUCGUGCAAUCUGUGAUAUUUGUUCAGUCUUUUCCCACAUGACUAUUACUGGGAGAAACGGCAACCUUUAAUUACUUCCCCUUUGAUGCUUGUAGCUUCCUUGUUUGGUAUUUGAAAAAAAACGUACAGCACUGGGUAAUCUUGGUCUCUCUGAGGGAGAAACAUUUGCAGUCUCCUCAAAGCUCGUUGCACCCAGGACCGAGCAGGAGCCUGUGUGCUGGGUGUUUGGAGAUGAUACUGACUGCGCGUUCUUUCCUCCGUAGGGAUGUCCGCAUUACCUCCUCCGCCUCCGCCUCCGCCACCAGCAGCUCCCUUGCUU